CACCCACGUGUUUCUAACUAACCAAGCAUCACCGUUGAUUCAGUUCUCACCGGUAUUUUCACCGAAUCCCGUGAAAACGACCUAGUAAAACCUUCUCAUACCGCCACGUGUCCUCAUAAGAUUCCCUCCUUUUUUUGUUCAGUUUAUAUACACCAAUGAAAUAAAUUUGAAAAAAAGAGUUUUUUUUGUUUUGUUUUGUUUUGUUUUUGUUUUUGCUGUUUAUCGUUCUCUCUUCUGGACUGUUCCCUGGUGAUUGAAAAACAAGCCACAAUGCAACCGAUAAAUUCUGUGUUGGUGGCGGGGAUGCUGUCGAGGACUGCGACGACGACGGAAUCCGUCAAAGGAUUGGAAUCCGUUGGGGGAGGUUUGCCGUUCGGAUCUCUAUGGUGGUUCAUAUACGCUGGCUUUUCUUGUUUUUUCGUACUCUUUGCGGGGAUGAUGUCAGGUCUCACUCUCGGACUCAUGUCCCUCGGUCUCGUCGAGCUCGAGAUUCUACAAAGAAGCGGCACUCCCACUGAGAAAAAACAAGCUGCUGCUAUUUUGCCGGUGGUUCAAAAACAACAUCAGCUUUUGGUGACUUUGCUUCUUUGCAAUGCUGUUGCUAUGGAGGCCCUUCCUAUAUACCUGGAUAAGCUUUUCAAUGAGUAUGUUGCUAUCAUACUUUCAGUGACCUUUGUUCUAGCAUUUGGUGAGGUUAUACCACAAGCACUUUGCACCAGAUAUGGGCUUGCUAUUGGUGCAAAUUUAUCAGGACUGGUGCGGGUCUUAAUGAUUCUUUGCUUUCCAAUAGCUUAUCCCGUUGGAAAGGUUCUGGAUUGGAUGUUGGGGCAUAAUGAAGCACUAUUUAGGCGGGCUCAACUAAAAGCUCUUGUCUCCAUCCACAGCCAGGAGGCUGGAAAGGGAGGAGAGCUCACUCAUGAUGAGACCACAAUUAUUAGUGGAGCACUAGAUUUGACUGAAAAGACGGCUGAGGAGGCUAUGACACCUAUAGAAUCAACUUUCUCUUUAGAUGUCAAUUCAAAGUUGGACUGGGAGGCAAUGGGUAAGAUCCUUGCACGAGGUCAUAGCCGAGUCCCGGUAUACUCGGGGAAUCCCAAAAACAUUAUUGGACUUUUGCUGGUAUGUGUUAAUUUGAUGGAGUCUCUCAUCGGAAGCUUGGCUGAUCUUGUUGGUUAUUUUUACUCAUUCUUUAUCUCAAAUGUCUUGUUUGAAAAUUGGAAUAAGGUGAAAAGCCUUCUAACUGUGCGUCCAGAAACUGAGACACCAGUCAGUGCUGUUUCCAUCCGUAGAAUUCCAAGGGUUCCAUCUGACAUGCCUUUGUAUGAUAUAUUGAAUGAGUUUCAAAAGGGCAGCAGUCAUAUGGCAGCUGUUGUUAGAGGCAACUCUAAGAAUGCUUCUGCUACAGUUGAUGGAGAAAAAAGUGAAGAAAACAAUAGAGUCUCCAAUGCAGCAGAAUCCCAACUGACUACUCCUUUGCUUCCCAAACAAGACGAGAAGCCAGAGUCCGUAACUGUUGACAUUGACAAGUCUUUCAAGCCUCCUUUAUGCAAGUAUGAUGCUGCAACAAAUGGACCGUCUAUGACAUCAGAGGAUAUUGAAGAUGGUGAAGUUAUUGGUAUUAUCACCCUAGAAGAUGUUUUUGAAGAACUUCUACAGGAGGAGAUAGUGGAUGAAACAGAUGAAUAUGUCGAUGUGCAUAAAAGAAUCCGUGUUGCUGCAGCUGCUGCUGCUUCAUCAGUGGCACGAGCACCGUCAAGCCGGCGGCUGACCGUUCAGAAAGGAGUGGAAAUACAAAGUAAACAAGGACAAGGACAUGCCCCAAAAAAGCUUGUGUAAGGUGAUAUCUUACCCCACAAGGUAAUAGGACCAGCUGAGAACAAGUGCCCGAGGUACGAGUUCUGUUUUUAAUUUUGGUUUCUAACACUGCAAGGGUGGAAAAAGGAAAAGGAACAUAAAAAAGCCUUGUUCAUUAAGUUUGGUUCCUAUGUCUAGAAAUAAAUUUCUUGUGCUUAAUGGUUGAUCUAAAUUUACAUGCAGGACACGAAACAUGUAAUUAAAAAUCCAAGAUUUUAUUUAUUUAUUUAUUUUUUGGGUGAUGAUA